GGCCCUCCGGGCGGGGCGCGCGGCGCCGUGUUUACGUUCCGGGUCGCGGCGCGGGCGGCCCCGGGCUGUGCGGGGAGAGGGAGCGCUGCCCGCGGCCACCAUGAGCGGCUCACAAAACAAUGACACUAAAAGACAGUUUCUUUUAGAGCGUCUAUUGGAUGCAGUUAAACAGUGUCAAAUACGGUUUGGAGGAAGAAAAGAAAUUGCUUCAGACUCUGAUAGCAGAGUCACUUGUUUGUGUGCUCAGUUUGAAGCUGUGUUACAGCAUGGGCUGAGGAGGAGCCGAGGAUUGGCAUUAACAGCAGCAGCGAUCAAACAGGCAGCAGGUUUCUCCAGUAAAACUGAAACAGAGCCAGUGUUUUGGUACUAUGUGAAAGAAGUUCUGAAUAAACAUGAACUGCAGCGGUUUUACUCUCUGAAGACAAUUAUGACAGAUAUUGGUAGAGGCCGGGCUUGGUUGCGCUGUGCAUUAAAUGAACAUUCUCUGGAAAGAUAUGUUCAUAUGCUGCUUGCAGAUAAGAAUCGACUCAGUGUCUUCUAUGAAGACUGGUCUUUUAUGAUGGAUGAGGAGCGUUCUAGUAUGAUCCCUACGAUGGCAGCUGGUCUGAACUCCAUUCUUUUUGCAAUCAACAUUGAUAACAAGGAUUUAAAUGGGCAGAGCAAAUGUACACCCACCGUGUCGGAUUUAUUAAAGGAAUCAACGCAAAAUGUAACUUCAUUGUUGAAAGAAUCCACUCAGGGUGUUAGCAGUCUUCUUAGAGAGAUAACUGCGUCAUCUGCUGUCUCAAUUCUAAUAAAACCUGAUCAAGAAACUGACCCACUUCCUGUUCUUUCCAAGAACCUAAAUGCUGAUUUGAAAUGUAAAAAGGAUCGAAAAAAGAAGAAGAGAGUGACAAAUAUUAUCUCAUUUGAUGAAGAAGAUGAUGAUCAAAAUUUGGGGGAUGCCACAAAGACUCUGAUUACAGGAGAAAGUUCAGACGGGAGUGUGGAGAGAUCUUCAGUAUUUGUAUUGCCCUCAUCUGACAGCGCUCUUGGAAAAAAUUUGAACGGAAAUGGAAGUAACCAUUCAUGGAAGAGUGAUUCAGUAUUCAUGAAUGGAGAGUAUGAAUACCAGAAACUAGAUGUGAAGAGCAUUGAUGACGAAGAUGCAGAUGAAGAUGAACUAUAUGGAAAAAUGUUGGGAAAUAAAGGCACAGAAGGUGAAACGGAAGUUUCUGGAAAGUCUCAUGAAAUAGGCACGUGCAGUUCUCAGAUAUGCGGUUGGACUCCUCUACAGGUCCUGAAUGAUGACUCGGAUGUUCUGUUUCCUGUCAGUACUGUUGGCUCUUAUUCCCAAACCGAUAACUUGGAGAAUGGAGAGGUGCAUGAACAUGUUGUUCAUGCAGUAGAACUGGUUCCGAGAAGAUCUGACCUUCCUUACAGAGCGGAAAUCAGUCCUCCAGCUCAAGUGAAUAUGUUGCCUUCAGCCACUGUGCCAGAAUCCAUGACAAUUAGUGAGCUUCGUCAAGCUAUUGUGGCCAUGAUGAAUAGAAAGGAUGAACUGGAAGAACAGAAUAGGUCUCUGAGAAAUCUUCUUGAUGGAGAGAUGGAGCAUUCUGCAGCUCUAAGGCAGGAAAUGGAGAACUGGAGAAGGAAGGUAGCGGAACAGGAGGAGCGACAUGCCACGAAAGUCCAGGCUUUGGCACGAGAAAAUGAGGUGCUGAAAGUGCAGCUGAAGAAGUACGUAGGAGCUGUGCAGAUGCUGAGAAGAGAGGGUCAAACAGUGGAAGUUCUGCCAAGCAUUUGGAGUACUGAUGGUGAAUUUACUGUUCCAGAGCAAAAGCAGGUAGAAACCAAUGAGGAAUUAGCCAGCUCUUAUGAAAGAAAAUUGAUUGAGGUUGCAGAAAUGCACGGGGAACUGAUCGAAUUCAAUGAGAGGCUGCACCGUGCUCUGAUGGCAAAAGAAGCUCUUGUGUCCCAGAUGAGACAAGAACUGAUCGAUUUGAGAGGGCCAGUCCCUGGAGAUUUGAGUCAAACGUCUGAAGAUCAGAGUUUGUCAGAUUUUGAAAUAUCAAAUCGUGCUCUUAUUAAUGUUUGGAUUCCCUCGGUCUUUCUGCGUGGGAAAGCUGCUAAUGCGUUCCAUGUUUAUCAGGUUUAUAUUAGGAUAAAGGAUGAUGAAUGGAACGUUUAUCGAAGAUACGCUGAGUUCAGGAGCUUGCAUCAUAAACUACAGAAUAAAUAUCAGCAAGUGAGGACUUUUAACUUUCCACCAAAGAAGGCCAUUGGAAACAAGGAUGCAAAGUUCGUAGAAGAGCGACGCAAGCAGCUACAAAAUUACCUAAGGAACGUAAUGAACAAAAUUAUACAGACUGUGCCAGAAUUCACAGCCAAUCCCAAAAAAGAGACUCUUAUUCAGCUGAUGCCCUUUUUUGUUGAUAUUCCACCUUCUGGAGAACCAGUAAGCAAAAGCAGUCGCUCAAGAGUGACUACGCGCUUCCCCAAACUAUCUCGCAGCCAUCAAAGAGAGCCACGAAGCCUGGAACCUCAGAGUGGUGAUCUUUGACCCUUUUUCAUAACUGUGAAUACUGGCACCACAUCCUUUAACUUGUUCUGUGAUUCCUUCCUAGCCUCUAUUUAUAAUUUAAGCUCCUGAAGAGACUACAGCUGCAUCAACUUAAAUCCUGAAAAGACAUUCAUUACUAAGGGUCGAAUCCUGAUUAACUACUUGGGAAGGCAGCAAUCACUUUCUCAAAAGAAUACGAGGGCUCUUCAUGGGGCUCAGCAAACUGAUAGGCAUUUUCUUUGUUUUGUAAAGCUGCAUUGCACACGUUCUCCUUUGUUCUCCUGAAGUUCUUCUGUUAGUAUGAAUUCCUUGUUUGUCUUGUGUUGUCUCCCUUUCUACUGUACAUUUUUCUGUUCCAGAGAGACAUGGGUAUCAUGUCAAGACAAUUUUUUCUCCUUUAGAAGAAUGGUUCUGAUUAUCACUACUUAAUAUGUCAGAAGAAUGUGCUUAAAAGAACCUCACUAAUUUAUUACCUUUUGUAAGUAGAAAGACUGUUUUUUUUAUUGCAAACCUCUGACACACACAAAGGAUUUUAAAAAACUUGACAAAGUAGAUGACAAAGGGAAAAACAUUACAGGUGGAAAAAUAGCUUUUGUACAUUCCUAGUUAAAUAUUCUCAAUAGCUUUCAUUUGUGGGAAGUAAUUCUUAAAAAAUUGGAGAAUGUAAUAAUUUUUUAGUGAAAUUUCAGUCUUGCUGUAAGGCUGGGUGCAAUAAAAUUGAUUUCUACAAACCACCACAAGGAUACACAAAAUUAGCAUGACACAAAAUAGUGCUUUCAAGUCUUGGGUUAUGUGUUGUUAUUAAUUUGUUGCUGAUGUUACAGACGGUCCAUCCUUGGCACGGCAUUUUUACUCUGACUUUGUAAAACCCUCCACGUGGUGAUACUUAAAAAUUGCCUGUAAUGAAAGUGCCUGUUACCCAUCACCUCCUAUUGAAAAGUAAUUUGUAAUGAUACUACUGUAAAAGUAACUAAAGAAAUCGACAGGAAUUAUUACAAGUGAUGGAAGUCCUGACAUGGAUUAACUGGAAUCCAGUUCAGUAUCCAUUAGCUGCACUGCUGUAGGCAGUUAAUUAUAUGUUAGCUAUCUUCUUCUCUUCAUUAAGUUUAAGCAGUGUACAUUCAAAUUUUCUAUCAAUUGUAUUCUGGUUUUCCAUUGUGUAAGAACAUUUCUUCUCAGAAGUCUUUUUGGAUAAUGUUACAUAAAUUGACGUAUCUUGUAAUUCUAUUAUCUGUUCAUUAUAUUAAAUUCUCAUGUCAGUAGAUACUGAAAUCUAAUAUUACCCUGCAGAAAAAACAAGCUGAUGAUUAAUAACAGAUUUUUUUACCUCAAUGCUUUACUGAAGUUCUGGCAAACUGGAACUUCUGUUCUGCAAACCUGUGACCAUCGUGUACUGUUAAGUCAGGGAAGUGGCACUUCUUGAGCGAGCAGCGCUUAGUUACGGGCAGUGGGUAGCAGCAGUGGGCUGGCGCCUCACGGUGAGCCCCAGGUGCUCGGUUCCUGCCAGAAAAAUACGGAGCUUAUAGAUUCCGUUAAGUAGCACAGUGUGGCAAAGGGGAGUAGAGUUCACUCUUCAGGUCAGAAAUUUCAGUAGGUGAAAUACCACAAUGCGAAAUCGUGUCACAGAAAUGAAACAGUAUUUUUCAGUCAGUAAGAGAUCUCAUUUACAAAAUAAAUAGAUAAAUAGAAAACACAAAGGCCAGUCUGUGAGCUAGCUGAUUAGUUUUUAUUAAAAGGUGAAUUACCGAUGGUGUUUUGUGUAAACCACAGUGGGGCAUUUAUUUAAGAAGAAAGGAAAGUGAGUAGCUUGUCAGUUAAUGCUUCUCCAAACUCUUUGGUCUGAUGCACUGCUGGUAGUUUAGUUAAUCUUUGUUGGAAAGAAAAGGAGUUAUAAAGACAAUGCCACUUUGAGACAAUUCUGAAUUCAUUUUUCAGAAAGUGGAGACUUGGUUAGUAGAAAUAUGACACGCGUCUGAACACUGAAUUGCAAGUAAAUCUGAAAGAAAACCCUGUGUGGAAACUGCCACAUGAAGCUGUAUUCAUUUUCAGGAAAAAAUUCAGAAAUGAAAGUACUCCUUAUUCAGAAAGUUGCAAACGGUAAGAAAUCUCAUUUAGCACAGACUAAAUUUUAAAAUUUUUUUAGUUGUGUAGAGGGAAUUUUUUUUGUGUCUCGUUUGGGCUCUUAGAAUUUCAUUCCUGAUGAUCUUGCUUCUUGUAAUUUUUAAUGUAUGUAUGUAGACCACAUAAAAUUACUAAACCUGUUUGCUGUGUACAAAUUGUUCUUUGUUAACUUGAGCUGAACUGUGUAUCGGCUCCUAAGGUUACAAUCUGCAAACAAUGUUCAUUUUGUGAUACAAGAUACCAUAAUGGGUGCAUUACUAAUCCAGUUAAAAGCUCAUCUGUGGUUUCUCUGAAAUCUCAGAAAAUAAUUAAAGGUAAGCCUUUCUUUACAAGACAGCUUUCCCACUUUAUACGCUGGGUUAUUUUGAAGAUAAGCGAGGUACUUGCAUGACGGCAAGUAGAUACCUAAGUGAUAGGAGUGCCCACAUCCUAAAAUGCCUUGUCUUUUUAAAGAAUUGUCUGCAUCUGUUACACGUCCCAUUCUUUUGUUUAUUUACCAGACUCACCAAAGACUGUUAAAUAAGGUUGACCAGCAGGUAUUAAGUAUCCCAAAUGGUUGCCUUAUUAUAAUAAAAUACCUGUAAGCAUAACAAUGAUUUUAUCAGUUUAUCCUGUGCCACCUAAUUUCAUGCAUGUAGUUGCAAUUUUUGUACAAAUCUCGUUUACUUUGGUACUGACCGAUAGCUCUUAAACCCUUAUAUGUGGUCAGCGGGCGAUGCACAGUGGGUGGAUGGGUUCUCGUUGGCUCCUUUGAACAGCACUGUGCUCGCUGAUGAGAAGACGGGGGGCAGGCUGGGCCCUCGAGUUGCUCCCGCAAGCCUUGGGCUGCGGCGCCGUACAAGGCAGCGCAGAGGAAUUUGUAGUAUCAUUUCCAUUUAAUUCCUGUUUUAUCUUUAGGUAUUGUAGGUUGCUAGGGCUGCUCAUCUCAAACCUUUAGUGAGUAUUCAAAAUCAAUUGGAAAAAUAAGCAGGAGCUUUGCUUUUAAUGCUGAUCUCCAGUCACAGGCAAAAUGAGCAAUUUCCUAAGAAACAUAGGGCAGGUAAGACUCCUCUGUCUUUUGUAGCUGUGUCUAUUAGAAUUCAUUAUGUAUUGACUAUGUUUUUUCAGAAUCUUAUUUAUUUGGAGAGUGUGUCUUUCAUUAUAGGGAAUGCAUUGUUAUUGCCUUGGAUUUUGCAUUACAUCAAGUUUCUCAAUAAUAAUAAUAAAUUUCCAAGGUUUAUAGGAGGCAGGAUAUUGACAUAGUUAUAAAGGCUUAAAUUGAUACGUCCGUUGAGUCACAUACCCUUAGGAAGAUUAAUAAUUCCAAAGCAGUCUUUUUUUUGUGGAGGAUAUUGUUGAUGUGAUAGUUGUAAUCAAAUUCUGCUAUCUUACAGAAUCUACUGCAAGUCAUAAAUCAUUCUGAUUGGAUUAAUACAAGUAUUUAGAGAAAGGGCAUAAUGGCAUCAUAGAUUACUGGCUCGAAUUUGUGACCUGUUCCUCAGGUGCAUUUUUUUGUUACAAAGUAAUGUUUUAUUUUAGAGAAAAAUAUCUACACUAUAGCUGUCAAAUUAAUUAAUAAGAACCCACUAAAAAUGGGAUUGACUGACUCAGAGCAGCAAGCUAAUGAUAAAUGAGGCUUGAUGAACCCCACGUGAACUAGUGAUACUGUCUGUCAGGACAUAUUAAUGAUUUAAUAUGAUAUUUUGUUAACAGAAUCCGUUAUUAGAACUUUCAGAUAUGGAUGUUAUAUUUGCUCCAAAACACACAGGGAUCUCAGUUGUGUUAUAAGUUUAGUGCCCUUUCAAAGGUUCAACUCUCUCUCCCCCAGUAAAAAACUUAAAAUGUAUUUUUCAUCUAAUAUCUUGUAAUUCUGAGGACAAAUAACGUAUACCUGUGGAUAGAAAUACAGUAACCUGCCUGAAAUGAUUAUGAGAAACCUGUGGAACAGAAAGAAAAAGACUUUUCUCUGCAUUCUGCUCCUAUAGACCCUUGCAAAUCUUGAUAACAGCACUGUACUUUUCUAGCUGGAACUCUAGGAUAUAUGAAAAUAAACAUGGUUCACAUGAGAACACAGUUUUCUCCUUGGAAACAAUAAUAAUACUUCUGUAUUGGAGCUUGAGGCACUUCUGGAAAAGUAGAUAAACUCAAGAAAGUAAAGAAUUUCUCUCCUUUAAUUUCUAUAGGCUAGGAUAGUUCAGUCAGCACCCUGCAUCAUGUGGAAUAUUAACUUGGUGAUUAUUUAGUCAGUUCAGUAGUUUCUUGGAAUUGUGUAUUGAAAGAAUCACUUUAAUAUAUGAAAUUAUAUAUAUAAAAUAUAAAAUAGGUUUAAAAGUAUCAAUUAACCUGCUUUGUAUUUCACAUAUUGAAUGGAAGAUAAAACACUUUCUACACGGUGGUCUGACACUGUACAUUUCAUUUAUUUCUUAUUCUGCACUGUGCUCUUAUGGUCUAAGUUACCGAUAACUUAGAUUAUUUACAAAAUUUCUUUCUAAAAAAUAACCAGAGCAUACAUCAAAUUAAUAAUAAUGGCUUAGUUUUUGGUUAAUAAUGGCAUGAAUUUAUACUAGAAAACAACACUGAAAUGUUUAGAGAGGAAUGAAUUUUACAUAUUUGCAAAUUGCUGCAAGUAUUUGGACAUAAAAAUGUUAUUGUUGCUGCAUCGGAACAAACGUAUUGCACUUCAUGUAGGGGAAUCGGCUUCUUUAACAAGAUCUCAGAAAUUGUGUCCAUACUGUGACAGAAAUUAAACUGUGGUGGUAGUUUUUCCAAGUGGAAUAUUAAUAAUUUAAGACACUAAAAAUUACUAAACACUGAGAUAAAUAACUAAGGAUGGUGUGUGUGGGACCAAACCCGUUGGCAACCGAAGAAGUUGGAUUUCCCUUUGCAUUUAUGGGAGGGUUUUUUUUGUUGUUGUUCCCAUUAAACUGUAGAAAGAUAGUAUUAAUUCUGAAGCAUAUAUAUGUACAGUAUUCACAUAAGUAUUAAUAAACUGUUUGUAAUAUUAUUUUAACUCAUUAUGCUAAUUGUUUACAUUAUAGAAUUUUUAAGCAAAUGUGUAUAUAUAUAUAAUUUUUUUAAUAAUUUCUUGUAUUUUUUUUAAAUAUCCUGUGGUAAUUUUGUUGUAAUCUGGUUUAAAUAUACUACUUUACCAACAAGAAAAUAA